CUCCUCAUCCUGUGCCCACCCUCCUUUCUUCUGCCCCCAAGCCCGGGCUCCCUGGGCCACUCCCUAAGGACGAGGGGAGGCCAGCUCGGGACAGCAGGGGGCGCUCCGGGCGAUUGGGGAUCACGCCGUGGCUGCUUGAGAGGAUGACCUUGGGCCGAACCGGGAGCCGGCCCAUCUCUGCUGCAUCCCUUGCACAGCCGAGGAGCCCUGGCGGCUGGCGGGCGGUGACCUCUGUUCUCGGGUCUUCGGGGUGGGAGACGCCCCCUUCUGACCUCUCAUUGUCCUGAGGAACAUGGACGAAAGGAGACCAGAUGAAGAAGCUGUUGUAGAUCAGGGUGGGACCAGUACAGUUCUCAAUAUUCACUAUGAGAAAGAAGAACUGGAAGGUCACAGAACUCUGUAUGUGGGGGUUCGGAUGCCACUGGGCCGGCAGAGCCAUCGGCACCACCGCACCCAUGGCCAGAAGCACCGAAGACGAGGGCGGGGCAAAGGAGCCAGCCAGGGGGAGGAGGGCCUGGAAGCUCUAGCCCAUGACACACCAUCUCAGCGUGUUCAAUUCAUUCUUGGCACUGAGGAAGAUGAGGAGCAUGUACCUCAUGAGCUAUUCACAGAGCUGGAUGAGAUCUGUAUGAAAGAGGGAGAAGAUGCUGAAUGGAAGGAGACAGCCAGGUGGCUGAAGUUUGAAGAAGAUGUUGAGGAUGGGGGAGAGCGCUGGAGCAAGCCUUAUGUGGCAACCCUCUCAUUGCACAGUCUCUUUGAGCUAAGGAGCUGCCUCAUCAAUGGAACUGUCCUUUUGGAUAUGCGUGCAAAUAGCAUAGAAGAAAUUUCAGACCUGAUACUGGACCAGCAAGAACUGUUCAGUGACCUAAAUGAUAGCAUGAGGGUUAAAGUGCGGGAAGCCCUUCUCAAAAAGCAUCAUCAUCAGAAUGAAAAGAAGAGAAACAACCUUAUUCCUAUUGUUCGCUCUUUUGCUGAAGUUGGCAAGAAGCAGUCUGAUCCACAUUCAAUGGAUAAAAAUGGUCAAACUUUAUCUCCUCAGUCUGUUCCAGCUACAAAUCUUGAAGUGAAAAAUGGAGUGAAUUGUGAACACAGUCCUGUAGAUUUAAGCAAGGUGGACCUUCAUUUUAUGAAAAAAAUUCCCAGUGGGGCAGAGGCCUCAAAUGUCCUGGUUGGAGAGGUGGAUACUUUGGACCGGCCCAUCGUUGCCUUUGUGAGGCUGUCUCCCGCUGUUCUUCUCUCAGGCCUGACAGAAGUGCCAAUCCCAACAAGAUUUUUGUUUAUCUUAUUGGGCCCAGUAGGGAAAGGUCAGCAGUACCAUGAAAUUGGCAGAUCCAUGGCCACCAUCAUGACAGAUGAGAUUUUUCACGAUGUGGCAUAUAAGGCAAAAGAGCGAGAUGAUCUCCUAGCAGGGAUUGAUGAGUUCCUAGACCAGGUGACGGUGCUUCCUCCAGGGGAAUGGGACCCCUCCAUUAGAAUUGAACCACCUAAAAAUGUCCCUUCACAGGAGAAAAGGAAAAUGCCUGGAGUUCCAAAUGGAAAUGUUUGCCACAUAGAACCAGAACCACACGGGGGUCAUAGUGGACCAGAACUGCAGCGUACUGGGCGGCUAUUUGGGGGCUUGGUGCUGGACAUCAAGCGGAAGGCCCCCUGGUACUGGAGCGACUACAGGGAUGCACUCAGCUUACAGUGUCUGGCCUCCUUUCUGUUCCUGUAUUGUGCCUGCAUGUCACCUGUCAUCACCUUUGGGGGAUUGCUUGGAGAAGCCACUGAGGGACGCAUAAGUGCAAUUGAAUCCUUAUUUGGAGCCUCCAUGACUGGGAUUGCCUAUUCCUUGUUUGCAGGACAGCCCCUUACCAUCUUAGGAAGUACGGGGCCCGUUCUUGUGUUUGAAAAGAUUUUAUUCAAAUUCUGCAAAGACUACACCCUUUCAUACCUCUCCCUUCGAGCUUGUAUCGGACUGUGGACCGCCUUCCUGUGUAUUGUCCUUGUGGCAACUGAUGCCAGUUCUCUUGUUUGCUACAUUACCCGCUUCACUGAAGAAGCAUUUGCCUCCCUGAUUUGCAUUAUUUUCAUCUAUGAAGCUAUAGAAAAGCUGAUUCACCUGGCAGAGACCUACCCUAUCCACAUGCACAGCCAGCUGGACCACCUUAGCCUCUAUUACUGUAGGUGUACUCUCCCAGAGAAUCCAAACAAUCACACCCUGCAGUACUGGAAGGACCACAACAUUGUGACAGCAGAAGUGCACUGGGAUAACCUGACUGUCAGUGAAUGCCAAGAAAUGCAUGGAGAGUUCAUGGGAUCUGCAUGUGGCCAUCAUGGACCCUACACUCCUGAUGUGCUCUUUUGGUCCUGUAUUCUCUUCUUCACCACCUUCAUCCUCUCAAGCACAUUAAAGACAUUUAAGACAAGCCGCUAUUUCCCAACCAGAGUACGCUCCAUGGUGAGUGACUUUGCCGUUUUCCUCACAAUCUUCACAAUGGUGAUUAUUGAUUUUUUGAUUGGAGUCCCAUCACCAAAGCUUCAAGUUCCCAGUGUGUUCAAGCCUACAAGGGAUGAUAGAGGAUGGUUUAUCAGUCCCAUUGGCCCUAAUCCCUGGUGGACUGUGAUAGCUGCAAUUAUCCCAGCUCUUCUCUGCACUAUCUUGAUAUUCAUGGAUCAGCAGAUCACAGCUGUCAUCAUUAACAGGAAGGAACAUAAGCUCAAGAAAGGCUGUGGCUACCACCUGGAUCUGCUGAUGGUGGCCAUAAUGCUGGGUGUCUGCUCCAUCAUGGGCCUACCCUGGUUUGUGGCUGCAACUGUCCUGUCCAUCACACAUGUGAACAGCCUCAAGCUGGAAUCUGAGUGCUCUGCUCCGGGAGAACAGCCGAAGUUCUUGGGCAUCCGAGAGCAGAGAGUGACAGGCCUUAUGAUCUUUGUGCUGAUGGGCUGCUCCGUCUUCAUGACCACUGUCUUAAAGUUUAUUCCAAUGCCUGUACUCUAUGGAGUUUUUCUCUACAUGGGAGUUUCUUCGCUACAAGGAAUUCAGUUCUUUGAUCGUCUGAAGCUCUUUGGGAUGCCGGCAAAGCACCAGCCAGAUUUUAUUUACCUGCGUCAUGUGCCACUGCGCAAAGUGCACCUCUUCACCCUCAUCCAGCUGACCUGCCUCGUCCUGCUCUGGGUCAUCAAGGCAUCACCAGCUGCCAUUGUUUUCCCAAUGAUGGUUUUGGCCUUGGUCUUUGUCAGGAAAGUCAUGGAUCUCUGCUUCUCUAAGCGAGAGCUGAGCUGGUUAGAUGAUCUCAUGCCUGAAAGCAAAAAGAAGAAGUUGGAUGAUGCCAAAAAGAAGGCCAAGGAGGAAGAGGAGGCUGAGAAAAUGUUAGAAAUUGGGGGAGACAAGUUCCCUCUUGAAAGCAGGAAGUUACUAAGUAGUCCUGCAAAGAACAACAGUUUCAGAUGUGACCCCUCUGAGAUUAAUAUAUCUGAUGAAAUGCCUAAAACCACGGUCUGGAAAGCUCUCAGUAUGAAUUCUGGAACCACAAAGGAAAAAAGUCUCUUCAACUAAGAGUCUUUGCUGGGAUAGAAGAUUUGGGCCAUGAGGUGCCUCAGGGAAGUUCUGGUUACAGAGAAAAUGGUGAGUCCCUCAGAGAAGAAGCAAGACCAAGUCUGGCCCUAUCCUUGGUCAUCUCAAAGCCAUGCCGAAGCAUUCAGUUAUUCUUGGUGUGCAUUGGAGGCCAUCCAGCCAUCCCCAUACCAGCAGCCAGUCACCAGAUGUGAACGUGGAAGCAGAAGGCCACCUCCUAUUGGUAGUCCUCUUUCUUCUUUCUCUUCAGAACUGCCACCAUUAAAGACCCAGCUUCUCAUUUUUCAGACAUUUUCUCUGAAACUCUCUGCUGGCCUGCUGAGCCACGUGGAUCCAUUCUGCCAUUGAGGAGUCGUGCAUUGAGGUCCCUCUUCCUAAAGGAUGAGGUGGGGGAGUAGCAGGAGAACAGAGAGAAAGGGGAAACUUCCUUAGUCAUGUUGGUAUCUGCAGGCUCCUAGGAAGCCCUGGGCCUUAGUUUGAUUGCGUACCCUAGGUGGGGGGGAUGCUGGUCAGACCCAGUCAAGAGGUCUGCUACUAGGACGGUCAACGCCCUAGAUAUUGGCAGUACUCACCACUUCAGUCAGGAAGACAUUUCUGUCCUGGGGGGGAUCAACUCAGUGAGACCCUUGGAAGAUACAAAAGCCAAGGGGUAUAUUAGAGUUGCUUAGCUUAUUUAGGUAAAGGUUUAGUGGAAAAUCAGUAAUGACAAGUAAGAAUGAGAAUCUUCUCUUGGUUUUCAUUGAGGAUAGAGUAAGAGAAUGAGUUGAAUUGCUAUGAAAGAAAUUAGUGUAGAUGCCAGGAAGGACUUCCAAUUCUGAAGAUUGGUCAGUGUCUCCCUUCCAGAUAUCUAGGAAAGAUUUGAUAACAGUUGUUUGUGAGUAGAAAAGGAGGUAUGAUGUUUUUAUUGGCCAUUUUGUGAUACUAUUUGACAUCUCUUGAGGAUACAUUCUGAUUCCAUCCUGGAGAGAUCCAAGUGCUUUUGUACUGUCUUCUUAGCUGCCUUAGUAGUGAACCAUCAUCAGCUCAAUGGACCAAAUUCACCUUCAGCCACGUGGUUAUUUCAUCCAUGGGUGUCUUUCAGUUGACAAAAAGUUAUGACUCUCAGACAUAAAAAGCUACACUGGGAAAUGAACUGUAAGUGAAGUUAGUUUUAGAAUGUAGUUUAAACUACUUUUGCAUUUUUUCUCUUCUUUGUUGCAAUGAAUGUCAAGGGUCUAAGUGCCCAUGCAUAUAGACCUUCCCUGCCUUUGUGCACAGAAUGUGACCAGCCAGCCCAUUAGCACCCAGAAAACCCAAGACUCUCAAUUUUCCAUCCUGGAAAAUCUUUGUACAGUGGGAAGAUCCCCUAGUGUGCUGUCCUUUUAUAGGUGAAGAGUUGGCUGCAUCACUUUGUUGAGUGUUGCAUUCUUUAGACUCUUAAAAUAUAUUAAGGUAUUCUAGUCUUAUUGUAAUGACCUUUGAUUGAUGUCAAAGGAACCCUGCAUUUUCCCCAUAUUUCCCUAUCUCUUAAGACCACAGUUAUUUUAAUGCAGAGACAAUUUUCAAGAUAUUUAACAACUGGUACAGGACAGACACCAACCACUUGGAACAGGUACCUGCUAUGAACAAACACUAUGAUUGCACCAGUGCCUAUUGGCUGAAUGUCACACUGCUUUCAAAUAUUAAAAUGGCAUCCCACUAAAUUGUAGAGUUCCUAGUUUGUCUGAUUUGUAUUCACAAGGCCGUUCUAGGACAGCCUUGGCUUUCUUUCACGUGGUGCAGACAGGAUCAGGCAUGUUUCUUUAAAAUAUAUGGGCAUUAAAAUCUUUGUGAGCCAAAGCUUCACAUUUUAUUACUUUAGGACAAAUCUAAUCAUUGUACCCCCUUUUCCCAUUUCUUGCCAGCUUUCCCACAUCACUCUCUGGCUACUUUCUUGCAUUUCUCUUUUCCAUUGUUUUAGUUCCUUGAGAAUGUGCACCUUUUCUUGCUUCAUCUUGCCCACCCCCCACAUUAUCCAGCCACACUUUUGCAUAGGAGGUUGGCAACUUCUGUUUCCCUAGCCUCAGUGCACCCAUUGCACUGGGAAGAAUCCAUUGUGGAACAAAACCAGUGAUAGUGUCAUCAGAAAAAUAUGUUUCCUAACACACUGCUACCUUGUGUAUGCUAAGUUGCCUGAGGAUAAGGAGACCUGCCUUUGUUAACCCUGUGCAGUGCAGUUUCAGGAUCACAUGUAGCCUUUGAGUUCUCCCCAGCCAGAGUCUCCCAGAUCACUAUACCUUAGGAACAUUAGGCACUUUGGAAGGCUGUGCCCACCCUUUUAGGUCAUUAGAUUUUUCUUCUCAAACAGUAGUCAGCCUCAUUUCUGUUGUACCCAAUGGUAGGAACCAUUCCCUACUCUUACUCUCUCCACUCUCCCAGGUCUUACCACUCAGCCUCAGUCCUGGCUGCUUUAAGGGUGCUUGAAAGCUGAGACAGUAAAAGGGGGAAGAACUUGAAUGACAUCUUACUUGGCUUAAAUUUGUGGUUGGUGAUCAUGGUAGCAAUAGUCAUACUGGCAGCAUUUAGGGGCAAGAAACUGGGAGAGGCAGUGAAACAGCAGCAGUGUGUAUGCGUGUGCACAUAGUGACAAACAGGACAGACUGUAGCUGCAGGUUUUCAUCGCUACUCUUAAGCAUUUUGUGCACCUGGCUGUUAGAAAAUUGAAAAAAUGCGGUCAUUCUCCCAUCUAGGGAAUUCUCAUUUGAGCUCCUUUGAUAAAAUAGCUGAAGGACAAAUACAGGCAGAUUAAUCUAUGAAGAAAGGUGUUUGAAGUUCAAUAAAGGAGAAACUGAUUUAGAAGUAGAAAGAAAGACAGGUUGUUAGGUGUUUCUCAGGCCCACAGUUGCUUUCAUGAUGAGAGGAAAAUUCAAGAACGGUUGAAAUUGUUGGCACACCCUGACAGGCUAGUGGUGUCGUAGGAAGGGAAGGAGGCCAGGGAUUUAAGAAAAUGAUGGUAAGUGGAGUUUGGUUCUAAGUGGGCAGUUUGCUUUCUGGUCAUGACUCUUAAGGAACUUAAGAGUUGGUCUACAGAGAGGGCAAAGACCAGCAGAAAUGUACUGUAAAAUUGCCAAAUAUGUUUGAUUGCAUAAAACACAGAUUGACUCUUUGUGGCUAGAUAUGAUUUCCAACUUCUGAAGGAUUGUUGAGAGAUAAUGGUCUUUACAACAUGCAGCUCCUCUCCUCAACUCUUGCUCAUAAAAACUUGGGGGUAGAGGACAAGUGAACCAUAUUGUUCCAAAAGACAAUGUGAAUAGUCAUUAUUUCUCUUUGUCUGGUUUGUGACUGGCUUUUAAGUUAGUUAUUAGUGUUUGAUAAAAAUCUGGCAUAUGCUAAGAAUCCAGCUUGGUUGCUAGCUCAGGUUAUGAGAGCUGUGACCUUCAAGAGGUCUCUAGUGUUGGGGAAUCUGUGGUUUCUGGUCAUCCACAAAGGACAGUUUUUAAUUCUACUUUAUUUUCUGCCUACUCAACUCUCCACACUUCCCUCUUAGUAGAGGAAUCAAUAAUCUUCCCUGCAUCUGCUCUGUUGAUUUUGUUGUCCAUGUUCUGUAUCUCAAGUUUUCCUGAAGCAUAGGAACAGGUUUGAUGCCAGAACCCCCCUUUUUAAAAAAUCAGAAUGAGAAACACUACCCACUAUGCUCUCUCUGCCACUUUAUCAAAGUCUCUGAAGUUCUUUUGCAAGAGAGACAGCUCCUCCUCCUAAGACUUUUAAACAAUCAUUUUUGCAAGUUUGUCACUACAUUUUUCCUCACAUUUCUCAGGUUCCUAAGCUACAUCCUAGCAGGCCAACCAGGAACCCUGCAUUGAAUGUUCCCAGCCUUCUUGACUUUUUUCUGGUGGUAGCCUUUGGGCCUCCUUUGAGCAGGCCCUGGCUAGCCAAGUAAGAUGUCAUUCAAGUUCUUCCCCUUUUACUAUCUCAGCUUUCAAGCACCCUUAACUCUUCCCUCCUACCUUUUCCUCAGUAUUUCAAGUUCUCUUGGGAGGGAAGAAGUUCUUGAUCAAAAGUCCCAAAACCACUACCAGUUUGGGGUAGAUAGAGGAAUAAGGAGGUCAAUCAGUGCUGGGCUUCUUGGAAAGGGGACUGUAUGGUUAUGUUCUUAUUUUUUGGUGAGGGACUGAGGACUCUCAAGCCCUCAGGCUCAUCCAUAUUUUAGUGUAAAAAGAAAAAGACAUUCCAAAGCCAAGUAGAAGUGAUUUUUCUACUAAAUCUAUUCUUUAUGACUCUUGCUGUCCCUGGUCUCCUAACAUUAAUUAUAGAGAAUGGGCGGUUGACUCAGUUACAUUUUUUUUUGUCAGAAAGGAAGGUAAUUUUCAUAACCAAAAGAAGUGUGAAGUAACUAUAUCACUGCUUGAAGUGUGAAAAGAGGAAAGGAGUGUUACGUGAACCUUUCCAGUGGAAAAUUCAGGAAGUUGAAUGAUUCAUCCAUAGGCAUAAUUCUUUUAGAAGAUUCUGUGCUCAAAGGGAAUGGAAUGGUUUCUGACCCUUCUGAAGAGAUAAAGAAUAACAUUUUUUCUUAAAUUUAACCCACUUUCAGCAUGGGGAAUACAGAACUUUUUCUUCUAGCUGAUGACAUUAAUAUUUCUUGAGAAGAGGGAGAACCCACCCACGGCACAUUUCUGAGCCCAGCAGAAAUCAGCAAGCUUGGGCUUCGCUUAGCAGGUUUGCGGAUGACUUCAACAUGCAGGUUUUUCACAUGUGCAAUAACGCUGGAAACAGAAGCACCAAACUGAAUGUGCAAUUACUCCUUUUGUAUAAGAAGCCAAAAUCCUCCUCCUCCCCUUCUCCCAUAUUCAUUCCUCUGGGAUAAUAAGUCUCCCUCUUGUUUCUCUGUGUCUGUCUGUCUGAUUGGUUAGAAACGGCUGCCCUUCCAAGCUAAAUAGGGUCCGGUGGAGAGUAGAGCAACCUUCCCUUGCAAGGGGACAACUUGAGGUGCUGGUACAUUUCUCUUGUUUUCUAUGUUGUUCUUUCUAGUAGGUCCCAUGUAGAGAUAGAGCUAUUUUUGUUUUAGAGAUUCCAAAGUAUAUAUUUUUAGUGUAAGAAAUGUACCCUCUCCACACUCCAUGGUGUAAAUAGAACUGGGAAUAAAUGUGUCAUUGUGAUAAUCCCAUAGCAAUUUGUGGUAGGAACAAGACUCCUUUUCCAAUCUGUGUCUGUGACCUAGGGCAGGUAAUUGUGAUACUGCAUCUCCUAGACCUCUGCCUGCCCAGGCUUGUGUAUACUCACCUCAACGGUGAAAAUAAAAUCUGUAGAAACUGUG